UCACAGCCGGCAGUCGGUAGCUAGCAAAGCAAAGCUGAGUGGACCGCUUCCUCCUCCAAACAAGCAUCGACCUUUUACUUUCACCCCGCAGGAGAAAAUAUGUUUCUGGACGCUAAUCGUUUGGAAAGUGUCGUGGUUUAAAUAAACUUUGAGGAGCGGGAAGAAGGCGGCGAGACACGGCACCGGGCUGCUGGCUGGUUGGUUGGUUGGUGCUACUCUUUGUCGUCCAGGAGGUGGUGGCAGCUGCCGAGGGCAAAUGGAGCCCUCAGUGCGGGAGAUCGACCACCUCUCCCCUCUUCGGACCUCGGACAGAGCCCCGACAUCGGGGGAGAAUCUGCGCCAAGUUCUCUCUCCACGUCGGGCGGACGACUCUGUUUACAUCCCGCCCGCUUUGCCGGCCAACAGACGACCGUGUAAAAUACUGGCACCCGAUGUGUCAGCAGGAGCAUCUUCACGAGUGCAUGAUUUGGCCAGAACAAAAUCAACUGGGCAGGGAGCACAAAAGGAAGGCAGAUGUGACCAUUACAAGUUACCACUAUGGUGGUCAAAUUCAAGUGAUGUACAUAGAACAGUGGAAGACCUUCCAAAAGCAGCAGCAGAUGGCAGCAAACUCAAAGGAAAUGAUAUUUUGAUUUCCCACUAUACUGGAGGGCAAAAAGAAGCAAUGAAAGCCAUUGUUCAGCGAAAGGUGCUGACUGGUCCCAAAGGAAAAUAUGUGGAAGCGCAACUUCUGGUGAAGCCUUCUUUUGAUGAUAAGGAAUCUUUUACACGGGGUGCGAGAGAGACCAAUUUUUGUUCCAAUACUGUUAUGACCGCAGCUGCCACUGCAUCAGCCAUUGCUGCAACUGCACCUCUGCUUAAGGCUCAGUGUGACCUUGGGGCUAAAAUUGCUGCUCUGACUGAGUUGGUAACUAAACUUCAGGAAAUGGAUCAACAAGUAAAGCACAUCACAGAACAUCAAGCAAAAGUGUCGACUCAGGAUCCAAAGUCCAAGAAUCACAAAGAGAGAGUCAGAGAACUGGAGGCCCAGUUAAGCAUGCUCUCGAAUCAACGACUGAGCCAUUUGGAAAAAAUUCAAGAACGUCAGCUAGAGCUCCAGUCACAAAUGUUCACUUCUGCAUUCACGACAAAUCGCAUUCAUCCAGGUGGUGCGUUGCCAGAACAUUCAGAUACAUUGUUGCAAAGUUCAGCAACGUGUACCGCAGCACGGACAAUGAGUCAAGGACUCCAGCAGUUGCCUGGCAACAACAUCAAACAUGUUUCACUAAGGAAUGUGCCAUCUGACAUCUCUACAGCAACACAAGCUUAUCAGAGUUGUCCAGGUGCAUUUGGCACAGGAAGUUCACUGCAGACCCCAGCACCCCGCAAGUCUGCCCCAGUGCCAAUGUCUAAGGAUGUUCACGUUCAACAGAAGAUGAGGUCUGCUGUUCAGAAAGCAAAAGCAAGUGCAAGGAUUUCUGCAUCUGGACAAGGAGAAAGGAAUUUUUUGGAAAACAUUCUAAAUAAUCAGGAAAAUCCAACAAGUGAGAUCCAUGAUGUAGAGAAAACCAACGUUGCCAUGACAACUGCUAGCAGAUAUCCAGAAAGGUCCAGCUCAAGCAACCCGCUGACUGAAUCGUUUACAACCUUUGUAGACGCCUCUAGGGGUUCUGGAUCAGCAGCUUGCAAAGCCAGCGCAGUUGCACAGAGAGCUACUGAUGUGCUGUGUGACCUUGGUGGACUGAAUGGGGAAAUGCAUGGCAUUCUACAGAGUGUGAGUGCCAAUCAGCACAACAGCCGCAAGCGUAUUGACUCACCGCCUCUGCAAUAUCAUCUGCUCAAGCAACCUACCCUCAGUGCCAAAGGGACCGACUCUAGAUGCUCGCAGAAGCCUUCACUGAUUGAGUCAGUAAAAGCACCAAAAUCAAUGUUUGAAGAUGCUGAAAGAAUUUUGCGUGAGGUGCAACUGAAUAAGAAAUUCAUUGAAGAAAACCUUGAAGCAAUUGUUAGAGCAAAGGACAGUGCUUCUUUAUAUUCAGUAAUUGAUUCCUUAACUGCAAACAGUGAUGAAGCAGAGAAGAUUCGCAUUGGGAAGACUGUAGAUGCCUGGAUCACAGUUAUUGAUAAGGAUAUUCAGGGUGAAAUUGCAAGGAAGAAUUUUCUUCAAAGUAAAUCAAGGCAACAGGAACUGAGUGUUACGAGAAAAGGAUAUGAUGUUAAGGCUAUCAAAUUUAACAAAGACAUGAAGGAUAAAAUGCAAAAUAAACCAGAAUCAACAGCAAGCAGAUUCAUAAGCACAAUAAGAUCAGGACAGAAGCAAUUUGAGGAUGAUUGUGGAAAUAGGAACCAAAGAAGCAAGACUACCACACAGUCAUCACAGCAGAAAGAACAGAAAUCAAAGAUAUCUGUGGAUGAAUUUAUUUCAACCACCCCAGUGUUACAAGGUGAAGAUUACCUCAGAAAAGUAUACGGAAAAGCACUUUAUCAGGGCCAUCGCAGUACAUACAAAAAAGGACCAUAUUUGAGGGUGAACUCUCCGUUACCUAAAUCCAAAGCUCACAGGCCUAAAAUAAUUGAGAAUAUUAAGGGUGUCAAGGUGAAAUCUGCAAGAACACAAACUAUUCCCUCUGCACUCAAGGCAGACGUUAGUCCUGCAGUAGGACAGCAACAACUUUCCGCUCCACAUUUUCAUAACAACCAAUACCUUUUUAGUCCAUCUCAUCAGAUAACAUCUACAUCUGUCAUUUCAGGCCCAGUUGAAGGGCAUCUUGUCCCAAUGGCUGUUUCCCUAGGCAUGCCGCGGAUGGACAAUGGUGCUCCACAACCCGCAGACUUGAUUAUCAGCAGGUCACAUCCUACCACAGUAAUAACCUCAGUUCCUUCAUCUCCUCGGAAGUCACAGCCAAAGGUGAAAAAACCCAAUAUCGCCGUCAUGCACAUGAAGUCUGAGAAGAAGGAACCAGUCAAGCUAACUGUACAGGUGUUGCCGAAUAUGGAUAUUGCUAGUCUUCCUAGCAUCAGUCCAGCAGCAAGCCAAAGGUCAGCCAGCCCUGAGCUGCAACAGUUUGCACCAGCUCUGAAACAGUCUCCAGAACAAAGUGAAGAGGAGGAUGGAACUGGCUUCCCAGGAACAAACUAUAUUGCUGUCGCUGAUUUACCAAAGGACCCUGACACUGAUACUGAAUAUCAAGGAUCACCUGAACCAGCGAUAGAGUUGGAAGGCUUUGCUGAGUCCAUUUCUGCUUUGUACAAAGAUCCAUCAUUUCCUCCUUCUGUUCCUGUCCCUCAUCCAGUUGUUGAUAUUGUAGGAGUGAUAGAGCGCAAGGAAUCCAUAGAAAAUCAGCUUAUAGAGUGGGUCGAACAAGAACUCAUGUCCCGAAUCAUUAGUAAGAUGUGUCCUGUCCAACCUGUGGAACAUGUUAUUCAUUCCGAAAGUGAGGAGAGUGUGCUGUCAGGCUCAGAUAUUGUCGAAGCUGCUGGAGGAGGAGGCUUGCAGCUUUUUGUGGAUGCAGGCAUUCCUGUGGACUCUCAACUCGUUCGGCAGUUUGUAGAUGAAGCACUUGCUGAGAUAAUCGCCAUUAUGCUGGGGCAGCGCCAGAGUGAAAGUAAAACACUUGUACAAGAACCUCCUCAACAAAGAACACCUUCACCGAUAAUGCUGAUUCCAACACCAGUUCCAACACCAAGACAGACGCCAUCACCUCCAGCUAGAAAUGCUACCCUCAUUGAAACACCAGAGCUCACACCCCAAGGUUCUGUUGAGAACGAAUCAGAAUCUGAACCAGAAUUGGAACCUUUUGUGAAGUCACCACUAAAUGAUGUGGGACUGAAACCUGUGGAAAAAUCCAGCCCGGUCGUUACUCCUGUUAUCACACCGACUCCCACCCAUUCAAGAGUAUCCACACCUUCACCGAUCAUGCAGCCUAUCUUAAAGACAAGUUCAGCGCCUUCGCAGACUCCUCCAAAUCCCUGGGGAGAUGCAGAACUCCCCUUAGAGGAAGAAAAUCCUAGCCCGGCACAAGAUGCAGCACCACGGCCAAGAGCCAUUAUUAUGUCAGUCGCCAAUGACGAGGAACCUGAGAACUUAAUUUUGCCACCUCCACUCUCAACUGCCCCUGUCAUUCCUCCAAUGCACGUGCAAACUCCAGUACCCCAUUGUCCAUCAGAGACUCCAUCUGCGUCCACUGAAGAAAGUAGCUCAACAAUUUCCGCCACCGAAACCGAGACUGCUGAUCGAAAUAUCUCCGAGGGAGAGAUCCUGUUAAGCUAUGGGCAGGUGGCUGCAGCAAAAGCCUUGGCAGAAGGAGGUAUAUUUCUUCCAAACUUCAAUGAUACUCUGUCCAGUACUCUUCUUGAUACUCAAGAAAUGGAUGAAGAUCCUCCCAGUGUGGGACAAGUCAUCUCAAAGUCACGCAAAGGAUUACAUAAAUACUCAAUUGGCACAAUGUUAUCCAAAGUCGGCCAAUGUCCAUUUGCUCCGCAAGAAGUCCAUCACCCCGAGAACUCUGAUGAUGACAGCAGCACCGGGCAGAUUAGUGAAGGUCAGAUGCCCAGACUCACGAAAACAGCAGAAAGCAUCCUGAUUGGGCUGCCAUCUAACAUCAAACCUCUCUCAAUGGAUGGUGACAUAAACCUCCCGCGAACAAGACGCUCACCAUCUCCUGGGCAGCUUCACGUUCAAACAGAAAGGAAUGGAAGAGAAUCUGAAGCUAGCCAUGGACCUCUGACCUUGGGAGAUCUAGAAAUAGGCACAGGCUCAGCACUUCAGACCAGACAUGUGAUAGUUGCACCUCAGAAGACUCCUGUGACAGGCGAUAGAGGACAGGGUGAUGAUAUAGCACUAAUGGAGCAAAAACCAGCAGCUGCACGAGUGAUACAAGUUGAAAGUAGAACCAAGGAUUUCCGACCAGGUACUGAGGUUGAAAGGUCUUCUGGACCUCCAGCAGGCCCUUUGAAGAUGUCUGUAACUCUACCCUCCAUGAACGAAGAGGACCAAUCUGGCAGCAUUAGCACAUUAGAUGGUGAUGAUACUUCUGGAGCGGAAAUAUUUUGAUGCUUUGCAUCAUUUCCUUAUAAUAGUCUCUUUGCACUUUUCAUCUUUCUACCAAUUGUUUAAGAUAUCUUUUUCAUAUUUUAGUAUGCAGUUUUGAUACAUUUUUUUAUCUUGCAGUAUCAAGUUGCGACUAUACUGCUAAAUUAUUCCUUUUAAAUCAAGGAUUAUGACAUGCUAGAAUUUUUUAUUUAUAGUUGUGUUUUAGUCAUUAAUGAGCAAUAAAUUUGGAGGUUUGUUCAAUGGGAAGACAGAUAACAUUUACUCUUACGGAAAAGCAUUUAACUUAAAUGCAGUGUGUGUGUUUUCCUUUAUUCUGUCUCCCAGUCUAAUGUUUUUAAAGUAGUAAAAUACCAAUUACCAUUAAAAAUUGAAGUGAUAAACAAAUGUUUUUUUAUGGCUGGCAGUUAAAUAUGUUCUGCCUACAAGCUGGCAAAAGUUUAUUCAAGAAACAACCUCCCUCUUACAAAUAAUCCUAAACUCAUCAAUUAGCUGUGCAAUGAUCAUUAUUACAAUCAGUGAAAAUCCCUGAAAGCAUGUGAUACCCUGGAACAACCCUGUGGUACCCUGCACCACACGAUAUGAACAAAGUUCAUCCGGUUGUCAUGUGCUGACCUUUUUUUCGUUCAAGCGUGCCUUGCAGAGCAAUUGCACUUGGAUAUACCUUGCAGACUUAACACUGGGAGAGACACCUGAUAGCAAGCACUGACCAUAAAAGGGGAUUAGGGGCAAAUUAUAUCCUGAGUUUGGUUCAGUAUAACUUGGGACAACCUGCUUUGGACCUUUUGCAAUGCAAAACUGGUGUGCUUGCAAUCUUCCUGCAUUCUACAAGUUAUGUUUCCAAUUCACAACAUUUAAUCAUUAACUCUAUGUUAAUUUUAUGGGUGCAGUGGCAUUGAUGGAUUACGAGGAACAAGGGUGAAAAAGAAAACAGAGGUUUUAAGCCAAAAUGACACGACGAUUUUGCAGACACUGUUAUACAAAGCAGGUACUUUGAAACAUCAUCACAAAAUUAAUCAAAGGAAGUCUUCCUCUGAAUAUCCUCCUGGAUCGGAAUUAAGAUAAAAUGAACUAAUCACACUAAAACUGUUUAAACAACCAAUAGACUCGAAUUUCAACAUCCAUUAAGGAAAUUGACAUGAUCACUGCAGUUAGUUUCAUUAUUCAUAGAAAAUCAUUUGCAUUAGACACCCAUAUUCUGAUGAAUUUAGGAGUAGUGUCGUUGUGGUUACAAUUUUAGAUCUUAAAUUCUGAUUCCACACAACAACACAUAGAGACGUGUGUACAAAUCAGUGUUUAUGCUUCCAACAACAUGCAAAAUGAUCUAAAAAGU